UCUUCAAUUUUGGCAUUGUGUUUUAGAUAUUUGGAUUUUUAGCUUCUAGUUCUAGCUUUGUUGCUGUGUUUGUGUCUGAGUGAAAAUGAAGAAGAUCAGGUUUCUAAGGCUCUGCAAUGGAAGCUUUUCCAGUGCUAGAAAAGAGUGCAAGUUUUAGUGUUUUGAUGUCACUGUAAAAGCGCGAAUCGCACGAAACGGAGGCGAGGAAGUAGAUUUUUUUUGUUGCUUGUUCAUGUCUAAGCGUCGAGUGUCAAAUUAGCCUCCUCUCCGGUGACUUGUCUUGUCGGUUCUGUACGGUUCUCAUCUCCUUACUGAAGCCUCUCCAUUUUAGAUGAGGAGGAAGUCACUCCUAUAAAAGUUCCUCAUUUGAUUGCAAUUGCUGAAGGUAAAAACGAGUAUGAAAGAGAUUGACAAGAAGAAAAUUUCAAAUAACAACCCAAAAAAGCGCUCUGGAAGAAUUGAUAGGAGAGACCAUAAAUUGCCUCAAGAGCAUGUCAGCAAAACUUUGAAAGCAAAAGAAGUUCGUUCUAAAGUACCAUCUCCUACGCCAGACUCAAGUAUAUUAGUAAGUGAUUCAAACGUGGGCACAGAGCCCUCUGAAGUUUUCGAAAACGUUGUUAUACAUUAUGUGGAUGAUGUCAACAGGUUUGAGGAGGCAUCUCAAGAUUUAAAAACCAAUAAAAUGAUUGCCAAAGAGAUCAAGGAUGAAGUUCUAGAUAAUCACUCUAUUGAUUUGGAGAAAGAACCUAAGGGGAAGGAAGAAGUGUCAGAUUCUGAGACAGUAAAAGACUCGGUAUCGUCUCAAGGGGAUCCGCUGAUAGCUGAUGAUGAGAAAGUAGAUAGAGCUUCUAGCGUUAAAAGGAAUUCCUCAGAAAGCUUUCCCGGCAGAUCAGGAGAGAACUCUGAUCUCCAAAAAACCAAACCACAAUCUAAGGCAUUACAUAACACUCCUAAGAAAAGUUCUAAAGGGCCUUCUAAAGUUGUUGCCAAAAGUUCUUCCAAGACUGAUUCCCAAAAUAUGAAAUUUCCUUCUAAACCUGCAUCAGAAUCUUCUGAAGGAGUUGAUGGUAAGCUUGUUGAAGAGGUAAAAGAAUUUGAUGUCUUGGAUGGGACCUCAAAUGGUGCUCAGAGUAUAGGAAGCGAUGACGAAACAGUUGAUGCUGAAGACAGUGAUGAACAUGAGGAUGAGGCAACUUUGGGGCAAAAGAUUGGAGAAAUGGAGAUGGCAAUUGAAAAACUUGAAGAGGAGCUGAGAGAAGUUGCUGCUCUUGAAAUUUCACUUUAUUCUGUAGUACCAGAGCAUGGCAGCUCAGCACAUAAGGUGCACACACCUGCUCGACGCCUUUCUAGACUCUAUAUUCAUGCUUGCAAACAUUGGACUCUAGACAAGCGAGCCACAGUUGCUAAAAAUACUGUAUCAGGCCUUGUUUUGAUUUCCAAGUCCUGCGGUAAUGAUGUCGCAAGGUUAACCUUCUGGUUGACGAACACCGUUGCGUUGAGGGAGAUAAUCUCACAGGCAUUUGGCAGUUCCCGUCAAUUCAGUCCAGUUACAAGGUUUGCUGAGUCAAAUGGGAGUAGCAAGAGCAGUGAAGGGAGGUCUACAACGUUGAAGUGGAAGGGUAGCUCUGGUAGUAAGCAAGCUAAUGGUUUUAUGCAGUUUGUUGACGAUUGGCAGGAGACAGGAACCUUCACAGCUGCAUUAGUCAAAGUUGAAUCCUGGAUUUUCUCUCGGAUAGUUGAGUCAGUAUGGUGGCAGGCUUUUACUCCAAAUAUGCAAUCUCCAGCUGAGAAAAUGUCAACCAACAAAACCUUUGGAAGGUUGUUGGGACCAGCCCUGGGAGACCAGCAGCAAGGCAGCUUUUCUAUCACCCUAUGGAAAAAUGCUUUUCAAGAUGCAUUGCAACAGCUCUGUCCUGUUCGAGCAGGAGGGCACGAAUGUGGUUGCUUGCCUGUGUUGGCAAGAAUGGUUAUGGAACAAUGUAUUGCCAGACUAGAUACCGCAAUGUUUAAUGCUAUUCUGCGUGAGUCAGCACAUGAGAUUCCAACUGAUCCUAUAUCAGAUCCCAUUGUUGAUUCCAAGGUUCUGCCUAUUCCUGCUGGAGAUUUGAGUUUUGGAUCUGGGGCCCAACUUAAAAAUUCUAUUGGCAAUUGGUCUAGAUGGCUUAGUGAUGUAUUUGGCAUGGAUAAUGAUGAUUCUCUGAAGGAACAUCAGCUCAGCAAUGAGGACGAUGACAGGCAGAGUGGAGAUGGUGAACCUAAACCUUUCCUUCUUCUCAAUGAAUUGAGUGAUCUUCUGAUGCUUCCUAAAGACAUGCUUAUGGACCGAUCAAUUAGACAGGAGGUGUGCCCAUCGAUAGGUCUUCCAUUGAUUAAACGGAUACUCUGCAACUUUACUCCAGAUGAGUUCUGUCUUGAUCCUGUCCCGGGAGCGGUAUUGGAGGCACUGAAUGCUGAGAGUAUUGUGCAGAGGAGAUUGUCAGGAGACUCGACUAGAAGCUUCCCUCAUACAGCUGCUCCUGUUAUCUACUACCCUCCUUCCUCUGCUGAUGUGGCAGAGAAAGUUGCAGAGGCAGGAGAGAGAUCUCCAUUGGCAAGGAACGUGUCUGUUGUACAGAGGAAAGGGUAUACCAGCGACGAAGAGCUAGAGGAACUAAAUUCUCCUCUCACAUCCAUCAUUGACAAAUUGCCGCCUUCACCAACAACCACAGCAAAUGGAAAUGGUAGACAGGGGAAUACCAGUUAUGCCAGCACAAAUGCAAGGUAUGAACUCCUUCGUGAGGUCUGGUCUAUGUGAUGACACGAGACGUUAUAUGUAUAUUUGUUGUUUUUGUAUCACAAAAGGAAAAAGUGAGGAGAAAAGUAAGAAUUGGGAAAAAUAAAAGGGGAAAAAAUUCAAGUUUUUCUGGUGUCUUAGGACAUUAUCCAUUAGCUUUCAUGUAUAUUAGACAGUGAUCAGUUACCAUAUAUAGUUUGAUGAUAGAUUCCAUUGUAUUUGGAAAAUUGUUGGUGUCUGAGCCAGUUUGUCAGAAGGAACCAAAGGUAUCCCAAUUGUUCAUAUAAAGCUUUUGAAUAACAACAGAGAUGCAUAUGCUGAAGUGUUUGAAUGCUU